CCACACAAACAAAAAUCGUCUGUUUUCAACUUUUGACCUGGAGUCACCACCUGUCGACCUGUCACUUUAUAUUAGAUAAAUCAAACCAUUUCAAACAGUGCCCUUAUUUGCUUUCAAGAUUUAAACUAUGUCGCACUCGGAAGACUUUUGGCAAAACAUCGAAAACGAUGAUUUUUUCAAAGUCUUCCUCCAAGGGAAUUACAAUAAUGGGAAAACGCUCGAAAUGGUAUCUGAAGGACUUGCUGUCGCGGAUCAGCUUGCAAAGCUAUCGGAAGGAGUAACAGUUCUUGAUAGAGAACUCAUGAGGCAAGUGACAGAUCAUUAUGAAGACUUGAUUUCGCAAGCGACGUGCAUUGAGAAGCUCGAAGACGUCUUAAACGUCAUGCAGCCACACAUCCAAUAUCUCCUGGUUGCCGUGGAGAGGCUGAGCUCCAAAAUCGUGGAGCCGUACAACAGAAUCCAGAGUCAAACUCGCAUGUUGAACAAUUUACACGCCACCUCCGACCUUCUUCGACGGGGCGUCCGGAUUUCUCAGCUGAUCAAAAGGCUCCAAACUCACAUGAAUGGAGGUCCGCAAGAACUAACUAAAGCAGCAAAGGUUCUGAGUGAGCUUGAUGAGAUGUCACUUGAUGUCGAUUUGAGCCACCUUGAAGCAAUAGAUAAGGACCUGCGAUUGGCCAGGCACCACCGAGCAGACGUUGACAGGCAAGCGAGGCAACUUCUGGUUGAUGGCCUUGCUGCCCAAAAUAACGCUCAGGUUGAAAAUGCCUUGUUGGUGUUCCACAACCUUGGCCAUCUGCAAAACACCAUAAAGCAAAUCAUGAUCAGUAGCAAGGAUCACGUCGCUUCCAAACUGCGGUCUGAACUGGAUUUUCAAAAUUUAACACAGCAAAAUACGCCAAGUGCUUCCAAGCGAGCAGGAGGUCCUGGAGGUCCAGGCCGCGCACCGCUAGUUACUCCAGGAAAAUCUGCCGAGUUCAGGUCGUCUCUUUGGAGUGCGAUCGAAAAGUGCCUGGAGUGCGUUCUAGUCGAGACCAAAAAGGUAGCAACUCUGCAGAAGCAGUUGGCGUCUAGUCCCACUUUGACUCCUCACGUGAAAGAAGUAGACAUUGAAUGCACAAAGUUCUGGGACGAGGUCCUUUUUAUACUUGGCUCAGAACUCACUCGAGCUACUCAGAGUUCCAUUUUCAUUCAGCAAACGCUGGAAGGCGAAUAUCCUAAGCUUAUCAAACAGUAUUUAGAAAUGUGCAAUCGAAUGCAAGCCUUCAGCAACCAGCAGCGAAACAGCCUCUUCUCAGUCUUUUCCAACCAGCAGUAUGAUUUGAAUCGGAAGGUCAUAAACUCUUUUGAGAAUGCGUAUUUAGCACGGUCAAUGUCUAGACUGUUUGAUCCAGUCAAUAACAUGUUCUCUGCGGAAGACGGCAUUCCUUCACACGAUAAUAUCGACAGCAUCCUCAGGACAGUUCUUGACGAGCUUUCAGUAUCAAUGGUUGAGUCUCACCUUAACAAAGUCGUUGCCAGCAAUGUGGCCAAUACCAUCAAGCUCUUUUGCACGAAAUGUGAACAGCAAAUUGUAACUGGGUCUGAUGCGGUCCAGUUUAUUGAGGCACCGACCACAGGACAGCUCUUGAACGCAUCUCUUGUUGACAUCCUUCACUAUUUGACUCUGCAAACCAAGCGCAGGGUUGGCAACAUCAACGGACUCUCCCCUGAAGCUAUUAUCAUCAUAUUUGAUGCUUUGGAGAGUUGUUCUUCCUUGGCAAUAUCCAUCAUCAUGCCUGUGGUGACUGCUAUUGAAAGUUCGAUGGAAGCAAUUCUGCUUACGAUGCACAAUGAAGACUUUUCUCAGAAUGAUGACAAGUUUGAAGCGCCUUGCUCCUUGUAUGUAAAGGAACUGCUGAGCUACCUGAACCGGGUGUCCGGUCAGUAUUUGUCCCUCUUCAAGUGGCCUGAAAUUUUGGCAGAAAGUGUAAGGCCUGCUGCUGAGCGCUGUCUGGACUUGUUUGUGCGUCUUGCCUGCUUAGUCCGACCAUUGGGCAGUUUUGGCAGACUAAAAUUAGCAGCUGAUUUCGCUCAAAUGGAGUUAGCAAUUGGAUACCUGAGCACCCCUUCUGAUUUGGGGAGAUCCUACCGAGUGCUACGCUCACUUAAACCACUCUUGUUUCAAAAACCAGAGGAUAUUGCUAAUUGUCCUACAAUAGGAGACAUUCUCUCCCACAGCUUAGUGCUCACGCUCUUAUUUGCGCAUGGCCCAGCAGAAAUGAAAUCGCCUCAUGUCAGUGCUGGCUGGUCAGUUAAGUUCUAUGCCAACUGGUGGGAUGAAAACAAGAGCGAGAGAAAGCGCCUGGAACUGAUUGAUGGCGCUCUUCAGGGAUAUGCAAAAUCUGUGUCUGCGUCAGGGAAGACAUGCUUCCAUCCAGUUUACCCGAUAAUGGUGGAUUUGCUGCGUGCUGGCUCCGAGUUAUGUAUCUGAUUUGAAUGAAAUUAAACAUGCAGUAUUCUAAAAAUAAA